UUUGUCUUUCUCACACGGCAAAACACCACAUUUCAAACCUCACCACUUCCAUAUUUAUGAUAUCUCUGCACACUUCUCUUUAACAAGUCUUUCUAUCCCCCCCCACAAAAAAAAAAUCAAAUAACAUGGUACAAUCAAAGAAGUUCAGAGGUGUCCGGCAGCGUCAGUGGGGCUCUUGGGUUUCAGAAAUUCGCCACCCUUUACUGAAGAGGAGGGUGUGGCUCGGGACAUUCGAGACGGCCGAGGCGGCUGCGAGAGCGUACGACCAAGCUGCGAUCUUGAUGAACGGGCAAAAUGCAAAGACCAAUUUCCCCAAACCACAACUUGAUGGUGGUGGUGGUGACACAAAUGUUGGUGAUGAUGAUGAGUCUCCAUUGCCUCCCAACGCACUAUCUGAGCUUUUGAAUGCUAAGCUCAAAAAGUGCUGCAAAGAUCAAUCUCCUUCUCUUACUUGCCUUAGGCUCGAUACCGAUAAUGGUCAUAUCGGGGUGUGGCAGAAACGUGCCGGGAAUCGAUCGAGUUCGAAUUGGGUCAUGAGGGUGGAGCUCGGGGGUAAUAAUAACAACAAGAAGGUUAAUACGCCGGUGUCGGAAGACGGGACGGCACUGUCGUCGGGGUCGUCGUCGUCUUCGAACAUGGCCGAAGAGAUCGAAGGUGGAAGCCUAAUGGGAGAGGAAGAUAGGAUUGCGUUGCAGAUGAUAGAAGAAUUACUCAACUGGAAUUCUCCUAGUGGAGUUUAAUAAGUGUUAUAGCCAAAGUCAUAUAUCCUUGGAAUAGCUUGUAAAUUAUGGGGGAAAAAAGUUACUCCAGUCUUUUGCAUUUUCACCCUUUCAAGGUAAAAAAAAAAAGAACCAUUCAUAUCUUUCAUCUCCGCAUGUAAAAAAACUGGUGCUGUAUGCAGUAUCUUACUCGGUAAUUGUGAAAUUUUACUAUAUGAAGAUCAGCACCUAUACA